CUCUGGAGCUCUGAACUGGAAAAACGGGAGGGGACAGGGUGGCGCCAGCAGGACCUUGAGAGGAGGCAGAACACCGGAGAUAGGCGGGUUAGAGCAGAGACAGGCACCUGGCAAACCUCACCUGAGGACGCCAAGGCCACCCUUGUCCAGUUAAGCCUCUUCCCCGCCUGCGCUGGAAGGAUUCUCACCUUGUGCCCCGACCUCAGCCUCCUUUCCAAGCCCCACUGAGGAGUGACUCACUUCUGGGCCUCCAUCCACAUAGCCUCCGCCUGGCAGCCCACAGGCGCCUGGUCCAAGGCCUGCUGCCUUCACCAUGGUGAAGCUGCUGCCCGCCCAGGAGGCAGCCAAGAUCUACCACACCAACUAUGUGCGGAACUCGCGGGCGGUGGGUGUGAUGUGGGGCACGCUCACCAUCUGCUUUUCCGUGCUGGUCAUGGCCCUCUUCAUCCAGCCCUACUGGAUCGGUGACAGCGUCAAUACGCCCCAGGCGGGCUACUUCGGCCUUUUCUCCUACUGCGUGGGCAACGUGCUCUCUUCCGAGCUCAUCUGCAAGGGCGGCCCUCUGGACUUCUCCUCCAUCCCUUCCAGAGCCUUCAAGACAGCCAUGUUCUUCGUGGCCUUGGCCAUGUUCCUCAUCAUUGGCUCCAUCAUCUGUUUCAGUCUGUUCUUCAUCUGCAACUCGGCCACUGUCUACAAGAUCUGUGCGUGGAUGCAGCUGGCUGCAGCCACAGGUUUAAUGAUAGGCUGCUUGGUCUACCCAGACGGCUGGGACUCAAGUGAGGUGCGACGCAUGUGUGGGGAGCAGACAGGCAAGUACACUCUGGGCCACUGUACCAUCCGCUGGGCCUUCAUGCUGGCCAUCCUCAGCAUCGGCGAUGCCCUCAUCCUCUCCUUCUUGGCUUUUGUUUUGGGCUACCGGCAGGACAAGCUCCUCCCUGAUGACUACAAGGCAGAUGGAAAAGAGGAAGUCUAAAGCAGCUGAAGGGCCGG